AUGGUGAAAAUCUCGGGUUAUAUAUUUGAAAACCCGACUUACAUUUCGAUCGUUGUUGUCAUAUCAAGAAAGCUUCACAAUUUUUUUUUACUUCAUUUUUUCUCUUUUUCUGCUUUCACACUCGCUCUCUCUCUCUCUCUCUCUCUCUCUCUCUUCCCCUCCUUUUUCUGCUUUCCCACUCUCUCUCGCUCUCGCUCUCUCUCUCUCUUCACCUCCUUUUUCUGCUUUCCCACUCUCUCUCGCUCUCUCUCUAUCUCUUCCCCUCCUUUUUCUGCUUUCCCACUCUCUCUCGCUCUCUCUCACUCUCUCUCUCUUCACCUCCUUUUUCUGCUUUCCCACUCUCUCUCGCUCUCUCUCUUCCCCUCCUUUUUCUGCUUUCCCACUCUCUCUCUCUCUCUCUCUCUCUCUCUCUCUUCCCCUCCUUUUUCUGCUUUCCCACUCUCUCUCUCUCCACCUCUCCAACCCCUUUUACAAUUACAUUUCUCUUUCUUUUGUUUUAUCUCCUUUUUUGGUAUCUUCUGCUGUAUUUCAAUAUUUGUUUGCUUCUAUUUUUCUUUUACUUUCUCACUUUUUCUACGUUUUACUUUUUCUUUAACUAUUACAUUUUUUUGUCUUAAUUUAUUUUCAACCUUUUACUUUUUUCUCUUUCAUUUCUUUUCUGUUUUCUAA